GGACCCUGCCCUCGCCGGCCGCGGGCACCUGCCGCUGCAUCUCCCCCGCGGCGCGUCCUUGCUCUACCGCACGAAGGCAGGGCGCGCCCCGGCCCCGGUUUGCCCCGUUUGCCAACUCCAGAACCGUCCGACGCCCGGCGGCUCCCCAGUGGCGCCCUCGCCGGGGGACCCCUCCAGCCCCACACAGGCCGGGCCCGGCCUCCCCGGCCCCCUCACCUCGCCGGCCGCCCCCUGGGCCCUCCCCUCACCCCCAGCCUGACCGGGGCCCCGUGGGAACCCGCCCCCACCCCGGGAUGUGAGCCCCGUGAACCUGGAAUGCUGUGGCUGGCCCUUGGCCCCGUCCAUGUCAUGGAGAGCCAGGUGCUGGUGAUUCGCAUCAAGAUCCCCAACAGUGGCGCGGUGGACUGGACGGUGCACUCGGGGCCGCAGCUGCUCUUCAGGGACGUGCUGGAUGUGAUAGGCCAGGUUCUGCCGGAAGCAACAACUACAGCGUUUGAAUAUGAAGACGAAGAUGGCGAUCGAAUUACCGUGAGGAGUGACGAAGAGAUGAAGGCCAUGCUGUCAUAUUAUUAUUCCACAGUAAUGGAACAGCAAGUAAAUGGACAGUUAAUAGAGCCUCUGCAGAUAUUUCCAAGAGCCUGCAAGCCUCCUGGGGAACGGAACAUACAUGGCCUGAAGGUGAACACCAGGGCUGGGCCCUCCCAACACAGCAGCCCAGCCGUCUCCGACUCACUUCCAAGCAAUAGCUUAAAGAAGUCUUCUGCCGAACUGAAAAAAAUACUAGCCAAUGGCCAGAUGAAUGAACAAGACAUACGGUAUCGAGACACCCUCGGCCAUGGCAACGGAGGCACAGUCUACAAAGCACAUCAUGUCCCGAGUGGGAAAAUAUUAGCUGUAAAGGUCAUACUACUAGAUAUUACACUGGAACUUCAGAAGCAAAUUAUGUCUGAAUUGGAAAUUCUUUAUAAGUGCGAUUCAUCAUAUAUCAUAGGAUUUUAUGGGGCAUUUUUUGUAGAAAACAGGAUUUCAAUAUGUACAGAAUUCAUGGAUGGGGGAUCUUUGGAUGUAUAUAGGAAAAUUCCAGAACAUGUCCUUGGGAGAAUCGCAGUCGCAGUUGUUAAAGGCCUUACCUAUUUGUGGAGUUUAAAGAUUUUGCAUCGAGAUGUGAAGCCCUCCAACAUGCUAGUAAACACGAGAGGACAGGUCAAGCUGUGUGACUUCGGAGUCAGCACCCAGCUGGUGAAUUCUAUAGCCAAGACGUAUGUUGGAACAAAUGCUUAUAUGGCGCCUGAAAGAAUUUCAGGGGAGCAGUAUGGGAUCCACUCUGACGUCUGGAGCUUGGGGAUCUCCUUCAUGGAGCUUGCUCUUGGGAGGUUUCCAUAUCCUCAGGUACACAGUGCCUCGACAGAGACAGGAGCAUCAAGUGAAACUUCCGGAGUUGCUUUUCAGUACCAUGAACCAAAAUACUUGAGGCCCCCUAAGUGAAUUUUUUCCCUGAUCAUUUCCUCCCCAAGAUCACCUUCCAAGAUCCCACGCCGUGUCUCAGGAGCUUUUCUAAUCGCCUCCUGCAAGGACAGGUGACGGCCUUGACUGCGCUCACUCCAAGACCGAGAACUUGGGGCUGCCCUUCCUGCAGUCCUUCUUCCCGGUUGAACACAGAAGGCUCCUUGUGACAUCACAGCGAGGCAGCACUCUCCCCUGUCUGUGUGGCUUCAAAUCUUGGAUCGAAGGGGCUAGCCAAAGGGGAAAACAAACUAUGCCCAGAAGAGAGAAGCGGUUCAUCCAAUUAAUGCAUCAAAACGCUGCCAGUUCUGGAGACUGAUUAGCAAAGUGUGUGUCUGGAGCCAUCACUGUUCUGUUCAUUGUCCCACAGUACUAGUUAGACCUAGGAAGCGCUCCACACAAGCAAAAUGCGCAAGCAGGAAUGUAGACACGGACAAGUUAGUUAUAAACAGCAUUUCAUAUGUUGGAGGUAUGGGCAGUCCAUCAGCCUUAACAAUAUUAUUGUGUUCCUCUGAACUCUGCUCUCAGAGCCAAGCCUUUGCCAGGCAGACCCAGAAUGAAGACAGGCAUUUGCGAAGCUAACAUUUUAUAUUGAGUACCCUGCGUACCACUUUGAAUGUGCCAUAAAACCCAGGGCUUCGCUGUUUCAUGAACUGUGGGCAAAAGCAGAGGCAGUGUUUGGGGGUUGACUUCGUUGGGGUCUGUUUUAUGGUUGCUGUGCCCAUACAGUAAUGUGAUCUUGAAAAAGGUAAACAACAGCGAGUUUAGCGGUGAAAAAUACGCCUAAUAUAAAUACAGCCGGGGACGCGGCAGUUUAGAAUUUGAAAAAUACGGCUGUGGCGUUAAAUUUUCUGGUGGAAUUAACGGAGGAACAGAAAACAGCCUUGAAGGCAAUAUGUCUGAGACGCAGA